CGACAUGGUAUCUGCAGUUUCGUUUAUGUCGUUCAACCGCGAACAUCAACUAGGAAAUUAUUACAUAUUCGAGAGAGAGAGAAAGUCUCUUUAUUAGAAACAAUUGAUAUAAUCUUGUUCGUGAUUUCGAGUCAAUAAUAUCUUCUCCACCAGACAUGCCCACUGGAAGUAGAGCAUUUGAAAAAAUAGCAGCCCCACCUGCUUAUCCUGAUUCAUCAACAUCUCAAAAUAUUCGUGGAGACAAAAUCGUUCCAUUAGUCGCAACGAUCAGUUGACCGCCUUCCCAACCAUACCCGACUCAUCAACGUCUCCAAUUAUUUGUACCAUUACGUGGAGUGAAGUAUCGUUCGUCAGUGAACAGUCACACGGGGGUUUUUCAAUUAUUUAAAUAAAAUAGAACCUGUAACGAAGCGUUAAAAUACAGUGAAAACAGUGCCGUGUUGAACGCUGUAAUUUUCUAUGCGAAAUCUUUAAUUCUGACAUUAUUUCAAAGAGAACGUUUUAUUUAGCGAAGAACAAUGAAGACUAAGAAACACAUCAACGACGCUCAACCGGCAACAGUGGACGAGCAUUUUCAACUGAUCUUGCACGAUAGGGAAAUUAUUGAUCAUGACUUCGUAAAAGUGACACCGGAUGAUCUACCUGAGUGGUUCGAUGAAAAGUUAUUCAAAAUAGGCCAGGAAUAUUAUAACGGAAAUUUACUAGGAUUUGGAGCUGCACUUGCGUCAGGCCUGACGGUGAUAUUAGCCGUUCCAGAUAUACUCGAGGUCCUUCUUUUCACCAGGCAAAAUGCCACGGUCAACUCGUCUUACAAGCGAUUCUCCCAAACGCUGCUACUCAUGUACGCGCUCUUUCACUCGGACAUGCUCGAUCCAAAUUCGAAAUGGUUCAGUGCGCUGAACGCAAUUCGACAAAAACACGCGAAGGUCAGUAAAAAGCGUGUUAAGCAGAAUCUCCAUGGGAUAUACCAGAAGGACAUGGCGAUCACGCAAUUCGGUUUCUUAGGGUACGUCUUUGUGUGUCCCGAGAAAAUUGGACUGGCGUACGCUACUGAGGAGCAGAAGAUAGGUUUUAAUCAUUUUUGGCAAGUGACGGGUCACCUAUUGGGUGUUAGCGACAGGAUAAAUAUUUGUAGAAGAACGGUGGAGGAAACGAUAGAACUAUGUAGAAGAAUCCAAAAUGAAAUAUUGGUAAAACAUUUAGAAAAUCCGCGUCCAGAAUUUUUACGGAUGAUGACAAAUAUAACGCAUGGAUUGUGGUACGUCGAUUUGUCAAUAAACGAGGACGCUUUCCUUGCUCUCGCAUACGAUCUAACGGGAAUAAAAUAUAUAAAGCCCAUUGGCUGGUACUCUUAUUUGAACCAAAAGACUCGUGAAUUGAUAUUACAAUCAUGUAAUAUACCGUUCAUUGGCUGGGUGAUACGACAAAUAUUCAAUUUAAUACUCGCAGUGUCUUACUGGAUACUAGAAUAUCAUCCACUGAUACCAAUAUUAGCAUUUGGGAGAAAUAAUGCAAAACUUUGUCUGUAUUCAAAAAAUUAAUAUUAUUAUAAUUAUUGUAACAUAGAAGAUGUUCAGCAACAGGUGUAAACAAAUUGAAUCAGUUAUUUGUGAAACUAAAAUAAGAUGGAAAUCGAAACUGA